AUCUCGGGGAAGAUGGCGGCGGCCCGGCAUGUCUCCCACACCUCGCGGCGGCCCGGCCGCUCUCACAGGGCCCGCGGCUCCAUGAGGGGCUGAGCCUCCGGCUGCGAGGGUGUGAAGGGGUUGGGGGCGGGGAGCCCGGGGCUGCGGCCUCCUCCCGCUGCUGCGGCUCAGGAACCCUGCCCUAUUCAGUGCACAGGAUGGAAUAGCCAUGGUGUCAUGGAAAGGGAUAUACUUCUUACUUGCACUGUUCUUGGCAAGCUUUUUUGGGAGCAUUUUUAUGCUCAGUCCUUUUCUACCUUUGAUGUUUGUCUCCCCGGCCUGGUAUCGCUGGAUCACUGACCGCAUUGUGGCCACCUGGCUCACACUCCCAGUGGCUUUGCUGGAGAUGGUGUUUGGUGCAAAGGUGGUUAUAACAGGUGAUGGGUUCUAUCCCCGGAGAAGAAGUGUCAUCAUAAUGAACCACCGGACACGAAUGGACUGGAUGUUCCUAUGGAACUGCCUGUUGCGAUACAGCUACCUCAGACUAGAAAAAAUCUGUCUCAAAUCCAGUCUCAAAAGCGUUCCAGGAUUUGGUUGGGCAAUGCAGGUUGCUGCCUUUAUUUUCAUUCAGAGGAAGUGGGAAGAUGACAAGAACCACUUUGAAAAUAUGUUGGAUUAUUUCUGUGACAUUCGUGAACCACUGCAACUCCUCAUCUUUCCUGAAGGAACUGAUCUCACAGCCAAUACCAAAGCCCGCAGUAAUGAAUUUGCUGAAAAGAAUGGACUUCGGAAAUACAAAUAUGUCUUGCAUCCACGAACUACUGGUUUCACUUUUGUAGUAGAACGUCUAAGGGAAGGUAAUAACCUUGAUGCUAUCCAUGACAUAACUGUGGCAUACCCUCAAAACAUUCCGCAAACAGAGAAGCACCUUCUGAAUGGAAACUUCCCAAAGGAGAUACAUUUUCAUGUCCAUAGGUAUCCAGUACAGACUCUGCCAACUUCCAGGGAAGAGCUGCAGCUCUGGUGCCAGAAGCGUUGGGAAGAGAAAGAAGAGAGACUCCAGUUGUUCUACGAAGGUGAAAAGUACUUUGAUGUAACAGGGCGAAGCAUAAUUCCACCUUGUAAAUCUGAGCUCAGGGUCCUAGUGGUUAAAUGCAUCUCACUUCUGUACUGGACGUUGUUCAUACUAGCUAUGUUUGUGUUGCUGUAUUUGUACAGCUUUGUGCGAUGGUAUUGUGUGACCGCGGUUGUCAUUUUUGUUGUGCAACAAAAAAUAUUUGGUGGGCUGGAAAUAAUUGAAGUUGCACGUCAUCGAUAUUUUAAUAAACGACAGAAUGGAUAUGGCAAGAAAACAGAAUAACAAGUGUAGUGCUGUUAUGGGAGAGGGAGGUAAAGGGUGUUUUUGAGACCUACCACAGACUUUGUAAACAGGGAAGCUUUUUUGCAUGAGAAUUGUCUUUUUUUUUUUUUUUUUUUUUUUACUACCGCCAUUAUUUGUUAAAGACAUUUUGCACUUAUUCUGUGAAAAAGACAUUCUAGUUACUGCUAUGUGUGAAAAUGAUAGUUUUUAUCUUUGAAUGUAAUUUCUAUAUUGCUCUGGCAAGCAGCUAGCAACUGCAGCAUAUUGUAGCUAUGAAACAACUUGCUGGAUUAUUUAACAAUCAUUAGGAUGUUAAUAAAUAUGAGAUACACUGAACUUUUUAAAACUGCAGAUCCAAACUGGUCAGCGAAGGGAGACAGAUCUGUGAUUCCCGUACAAUCAUGUUGGCCUAAACUAAGCACCAGACUUGUUCAUUUAGCGACUAACGCAUGUAGGCACGUGCAGUCCUAAUAUGUUCACAUUUAUUUUAAACCCUUUUCUCCCACACUUUCCCAAACAUGACUGAGCAUGCUGCUACCCAACCUAGCUGAAGAAGUGAGAAACUAGAUGGAGAUUCUAACUUGAGUGUUUCAUGUUUUGGUGCAGAUAGGGCCAUCCACUCUGCCCUACUCUGACUCUAAAUUGAUUUUUUGCAAGACCUACAUUUCUAGGUUUUGCUCCCUCAAUGUGCUGUACGGCUGUCACCUAUGUAAUAGCCCUUACCUGUGAGAGACUUGCACAUACUGAACUACUUAGAGCUGGUCCUUCUGCUGAAGCAAAACCAGCUGGGGGCAUGUUGUAUUUGCUAAACAGCUGGCAGAUGUUAACAGCCGGCAGAUGUUUCUCCCUAUAGAAGAAAUUUGUCUGAAAACAAUACAUCUUUUUUUGGAGAAGGUGAAUGGUGUUUUAUUUGAAGCUGCUACUCUGGCUUCUAAAAUGUUUCCCUAGUCGUUUUAAUCUUUAAUGUUUACAAUAGGAAGACUGCUUUUUUCUGUAUGCACAUCAGUGUGACCCUCUAAAAUUCAGCCAGGGCCACAGCUGGUUAUCUAUAGUUAUACGGCAAGAGAAGUGUCUCAGCCUAUCACAGCACAGAACAAUCAAGCUACACUAUUUCUCUUCCCAAACACAAUAUUCUUCUUGACUACCCACUCACGGCAUUCCUCUUCUACUCAGGCCACUCCUCUACACAAUCUUUCACUGGUUAGACUCUCCCAUUAAAAAUUUAUUCAAGACCCUCUCCUUUUAUGUGGCAUUAGUGGAAAGUCAGAGAAAUCAAAGGUUUUAGGGCUUUCAAACCCUUACAAGGUAGCGGAUGCUGGAUUUUUCUGAUGGGGCUGGUUCCUUGUCACAUAAUAGGAACAACAUUCAUGGCAACAAAGUAUAUGGAAUAAACAAUUCCAGCACUUAAAUUCCUCCACUUGGCUUUGGCGGUCAACCACAAAACAGUGCUUUGUAAAUGCCAGUACCACAGAAUACCCCUUACUUACUAAACACUUUCUACUUGCUGCACAAAAGACGUCUGAAAAGCUUGUGCUAUAUCAAGGUAGUCUGGCUCACUAUGCAGAGUUCUAUUACUUUGAAAUUUAGACACGUGCAAUCCAGAGUUUGUCAUGUACAGAACUGAACCACUCAAAUAUUGGUUCAUCAUUGCAGACAAAACAUUUUUCUUUUAAAUCUCAAUACUAAGCAUGUUCUUCAGUGCGUUUGAAAAUCUAGGGCCACUGUUGGAUGAAAGUGCCUACCUAUAUUUAACUGUCCCUUCCAAGGUGACAGCUGUUUUUAAUCCCUGCUCAUAGUGACUAAUUAGUUAUUAUGCACAAGUACUUGAAACCAUCUGUUUUACUCCAUGAAUGUUUUUAGAACCUUUUUUCUUUUCUAAAAAUGGCUGUUAAUUGAGGCUUAAGUCUCGUAACAAACUUCCUCUUGUUAUAUUUAGAAAUGCAUGAAUAAAUAGCUUGAUGGCUGGCAUUGCACUGUCAUGAAUGCAGCAGCAAAGGAAGGUCUUUCUGCCCUGGCGGGGAUGUUUUGAAUGCAGUUCUACUCUAGCAAAAAUAUGGUUGCUGUUUACAUUUACAUCCCAUCGUUUUCUUUAAGAUAACACUCAAUUUUCGUUCAACUCCCUGCACUUCCAGCUAUCUCAUAUCCUGCAAUGGAAAAAAAAAAGUCUUUUUUGUCUAAUUUAAAGGUUUUUUACCUGUCCGAGACUUGGGGUCUUCAUUCAUGCUUGUAAUAACAACGAUUGCCUGCUCCUAGAGCCAUAACAGAUCUCAAGUGAGGUUUGCAGAGCACAGACUUCACAUCACUUACACAAGACCAGCUGCAUUCCUUUCUGCCCUUACAUGACCUUUGGGAUGUCGGAAAGUGAAUCAGAAACUUAAGCUGGAGUCUUGUUCGCGCACAUUUCUACUACGUUUUUAAAGUCUGUUUUGUUACAGAGUUAGAAUUUUGAAUAGUUUUUAACAUGAAACUAUAAUGGAUAAUGGCCUUUAAAGGAACACUAUACAUCCCAUUGUGGCCCUUAAUGUGGGAAUCAUCCUCCACAUUGUAACUUGAAUUCCUCUCUCUUUCGUAUAUUCACAAUUGUGUCUGUCUUUUUUUUUAAAUGAAGAGUCACAAGUUUAGUGGCCAGGUAAAUACUACAUGUUAGGAUCAGGGCCAGCUCCAGGCACCAGCUUAUCAAGCAAGUGCUAGGGGCGGCACUUUUAGGAAUUCAGCGGAGGAUCUCUCACUCCCGCUCGGAGCAAAGGACCUCCCGCUGAAUUGCCGCAGAUCACAGCUUUUUGUUUGUUUUUGGUUUUUUUGGCUGCUUGGAGCGGCAAAACCCCUGGAGCCAGCCCUGGUUAGGAUUGCCUCACCCAGCAACACAAAGCUGCACAAGUUAAGUAAAAACCUCACUUCUCACAAGCAGAGUUGACCUCAUUUCUGAGGCUGAUGCAGAAACGUGGAGAUUAACCAAAAGCCACAUCUAUUUCCAGAUCAAUUAGAGAUGUAAGAAGGAGAAAUUGUUUGAAGCCCAGGUAAUAAAAAAGGAGGAAGUUGAUGGGAGGCAGGAGACACCUUGCUCAAUAGGUAUAAUCAGAAAAUGCAGAAAACUCUGUGGGAAAAUGUUCAUUUUCCCCUUUUAUUGAAAUUUUACUUUUACCCGGCCAUCAUCCAAGAAACAUUUUUUUUAUUUGUUUAGUUGAAACUCAACACACGAAAAGUGCUAGACCGCUCUCUUUUUAUUAUCUUUCCUUUGAAAUGUUUCCAUUGCUGCUGGAUUGGAAGGCUCUGGUGCUCUGGGAAUCAAGCACACUGAUCUUUCAAGGGAAGCAUAUUGGCACGAGACCUCUCAUGUGAUUAGCACAAUUUCUCAGAGCUACUGUUCUCUUUCCUCCCAAUAGCUAUGCCCUGGUGCAUUUUAUAGUCACUCUACUAGGUUAACAUGUCUGUUAGAUCACACAUUUCCUCAGAUAAAUGAUGUGCUUAACUUGCCUUUAAGGGUGCUGUUCAUUUUCCUUUUUCAAAUGUUUCCUUAUCAGAAUUGUGGGUCUAUUUCUCUUUGCUCAGACAGAAGGUUGAACUGCUCAGUCUGUGUUUGUCACCAAGCUCAUUCAUCAGACUGAGACUGAUCUUUUUUGUGUUGAAUGUUAGUAACACAGGAACCAUACGUGGGUCUGUAAGGUGUUGUGUUGAUCAUACUAAAUGUAGUCUGUAGUUCUGUGCACUACACCAAUCUCAGAUGUUUCCAAAAAAGAAUCUGUGUUUUUAUAGCUUCAUUUUAUAAGUGUGUUGUAUGAAAACAAACACUGAGAUAAAACAAAUCUACAGAAUAGCCUUAGUUUUCAAAGUCCACAGAUACGUUAGAGUGUUUUAGCCAUGUAUCUGUUACUUUCUGUACAGCAACAAUAAAGACUUAGCACAUUUACGUGUUUCA